AUGGAGGUGAAGGCAAAGCCGGCGAGGGGCGGGAAGAGGACCAGGGCAAGCGGCGGCACGGCUGGUGCGCCGACGGCAAAGGUACUGAUGGAGAAGGAGUCAGAGAAAGAGAGGCGGCAGCACAUGAAGAGGCUCUGCGAGAAGCUCUCGUCCCUCAUCCCCAAAGAAGACAACCCCCACGCUGAUACAAUGACCCAACUAGGCAGCCUGGAUGUGGCCGCAUCAUACAUCAAGAAGCUCAAGGAGAGGGUCGAUGAGCUGCAACGUAAGAAGACCUCUGUGCAAGCCAUGGCUACCUUAGGGGGAGUUAGUGGCAUCUCAACGCCCACUACCACCACAACCAAAAGCAGCGGUGCGGGGUCACUGGACGGAGAAAAAUAUUUGGAGGCAUCACCAACAGUAGUGGAGGUGCGACAACCCGACGAUUCAAGCAUGGAGGUGCGGCUGAUAUGCAGCACGAAGAGACCGAUCAAGCUCCAUGAGGUGAUCACCAUCCAUGAAGAAGAAGGGGCCGACAUCGUCAACGCCAAUCACUCUGUUGCUGGCCACAAAAUACUUUACACUAUACACUCCCGGGUACGUACAUAUAUAGGUAUAGUUACAUAUAGGCCUUCAGCACCAGAAUUGGCAUAG